AUGGACUUGGGGUACUUUCCCCUCGCCUUCCCGCCGGGGCUGUGCCGCGGGGCCCCGCAGCCCCCCUACCCCCGGCGGGGGGACGGCGCCUUCCUGGCGCUGGGCACCGCGGCCAGCGCCGCGCCCCCCCCGCCGCCUGCCUGCGCGGGGGCGGUGGGGUACGCGGCCGCCUCCCCCGCGGCGCCCGGCCCCGGCUACCGGCCGUCCCGCGAAGCCGGGCCGCCGGGCUACGCCACGUCCAUCUUUCCCGGGAGCGGCCGUCCGCCGCCGCCGGAGCCCGGCCACCCCUGCCCCUGCCCCGGCGCGGGCGGCGGGGGGCUGCGGCGCCUCUCGCCCUGCCCCGGGGCCGCCCCCGCGCCCGGUUCCCUGGCCCCGGCGGCGGCCCCGGCGGCGCCCCGCACCUUCGAGUGGAUGCGAGCGAAGCGGAGCCCGCCCGGGAGAAGCGGCGCGGCGCCGUGCGGGGGGGAACCUCCUGCCUGUCCCGCACGCACCAGCUUCAGCACCCGGCAGCUCACGGAGCUGGAGAAGGAGUUUCACUUCAGCCGGUACCUGUCGCGGGCCCGCCGCCUCGAGGUGGCCCGCUCGCUGCGCCUCCGCGACGCCCAGGUGAAGGUCUGGUUCCAGAACCGCCGCAUGAAGCAGAAGAAGCGGGAGCGGGAGGCGCUGGCCGCCCCCGCCGCCGCGCCCGCGGGUGCCCCGGGCGGCCCCGCAUGA